UCUAACUUCCUUUUAUUUUGAAAUCAACGACCCGGAAACCUUCUCACGCAGCAUUUGUUCCUCGUUCCUCUUCUCCUGUGUGUGCUGGGCUCUGUUCACCAUGGCGCAGGCGGUGCAGAAACUCAUUGCAAAAGUGCCUACUUUAGUUGGUGCCGCUGUCACAUACUCCAAACCCCGACUAGCGACCUUCUGGUACUAUGCCCGGGUGGAGCUCGUCCCACCGUCCCCUGCUGAGAUCCCCAAAGCCAUAGAGGCCGCAAAGGGGCUCGUCAAGAGCUACCAGUCUGGACGCCUGGGACAAACCACAGUAAAAGAUGCCUUCAGGAAUGGACUUGUGGCCACUGAGGUGCUGAUGUGGCUCUACAUUGGCGAGUGCAUCGGCAAAGGAGGCCUUAUUGGAUACGAUGUCUAAAUAUUGUAUUUUCUUUCUCCUUUGGCACUUCUAACUGUCACAUUCUCAAAAACCUGCCCACAAUUUUCAAAUAAACAGAUGUCUGCAGUCGGAUAAGUA